UUUCACGGAAGAAAAAAUAUGCCAUCAAACCGUUUCCGACACCGGAAAAUGGGCUGGUCUGGCUGGUGGAUCUAAAUUAUACAAGUCGCUGGAGGGUUUCACAACAAAAAUGAUCCGCGUUCACAGAGUAAAUAUUUUGCGUUUAUUCAAUGCCGUUUCGUUUUUUGGUUACCACACUUUAAUAUCGAAAGCUGGGCAGCAUAUUUUACGCGCACGGUUUGUUAAUAUUAAAGCAGUCUGGGAUUAUUGUUCUCGGUGGAACCAAUGAAAGACGACGAGUAUAAUAGGACGAAAUUUUUUGCGUAGGAGCACUUGAGCAGCGGAACCAUUUUUGUUUUAUUUACCGUAUCGAGACAUUAAUGAGAUGAAAAAAAGGAGCAGUGAAACGUUUUUAAGAGGCGACACGCUGGUCUUGUGUGUGCUUUUUCUAUCGUUCUCUUGCGAGCUGAGUUCCGUCUGAGUUUGUUUGUUCAAUUUACAGUGAAAAAAGAAGCGCGGCAAAGCCUACACAAGACCACCUUUGGUUUACAAGUCAAUUUCUUGUCCAGGGGCGCUACAACUGGAAUUUUCUCACAGAAAAUUAAAACUGCGAGGACAAGCGGUUGAAGGUGCUGAAUAGUGUAAACACUUGAAUUCCUUCCAUUUUCUUCAGUUGUUCAGUCAGGUACCAAACCUUCCCAACCGAGGAAUAACAUGGACACGUCUUUUACUGGAAUUGGUAACAACGAAGGCAUGUUUUCAAACCAGGGUGGACAUUCCUUCAGCAAGCUGCCGCGUUUUGCUCGAGGGAAACAGCCUUUGGACAGCGACGACGUCUUCACUUCGGCAGAGGACGCUUCAGACUUUCUGGUGUCAGAAGGAGACGGAAGCGGCUCUGAAAUGGACAUUGCCGAGGAUUAUCCGACCGAAACACGAGCGAUUAUCAGAAAAGAUUCGGCAUUCUGUGUUCCCUUGAUUCGCGUGGAAGAUUGGAGUUUCUCAGAGAGCGAUAUGGAAGACGGAUUUGAAGACGCCUUACCUCCGUUUAGUUUUGUUGGAACAAGGGAAAAGAGCGCCACAGAGACUUGCAAGAGUCGAAAUAGAUCUCGCUCCAUUUAAAUCAGAAGAUCAACAACAUAAAUCACAAGAAGUGUGUUAAUAUGAAUAGCAGCCAAGACAGAUUUCAACACAAAGUGAAUUUAAUAUGAAAUUAACAUAGUCUACUUGGUAAUAUUUACAAUAAUCAUAAUAAUACGUUUCACUAGUCUAGUUAGUUCGACCUCGCUAAGACGGGAACGUGGGAGGGGUGUAAAUAUAGGUGGACCGUUGAAUUCCUUUUAUCAACAUCCUUUUAACGGCAGAAGAGGUAGAAUUAUUGUUAAACAUAGAACUUUAAUCCAUUUUGGAUUUAAAAGAGGCACUAUCAUGUGGAUCUUGCUACCUUUUUGGUCACGAUUGUGUUAAAAUUGUAUCGGAGCAAAUCAGCUAGUAGUAACUAGCUUGACCACAAAAUCGCAUAGAAUAUACCAAGGUGUAGAUAGAGUAUGAAUUGUCGAUAAGAAUUUUUAGUGAUUUGUCCAGAUUUGAAAAGGUCUGCCUAGCUUUUUCAAUUUGAAAAUCAAAAUCUUGAGCAAGUGUAUGAUAACAUCCCUUAAAUAGCUUCAGCUGGGUAUCUUUUGAUGAAAAAAAGAAAGACCCUGGGAACGGAUUUGUAACGAAACCAGACCAUUGACCUUUGACCUUUCGAGAUCAUACUCAUGGUAGUGGUCCUACAGGCAGAAGUCAGUCUCUUGACCGCCAAAGGCUUAAAGCACCUAACCGAUGAAAAUUGGCCCUCGCCAGAAGUAGUAUUCAGUGUUUGAGGUAUAGUUUCAAUAUGACAAAAACAAAACCUCAGGGAUUAGGUUACACCUAAAACCGUAGCUGUUCGAAAAGUUUUUGUUGAAGUCCAUCGGAUGGUCUUCUUUUAUUGAAUUAAAGGAGUUGCGUUACGAAAGGUUUGCGCGUCUCGAAAAGUUUAGCCUAAAUCUUUCAAGUUCGUCGUUUGUCAAGUCAAGUCAAGUCAAGUUUAUUGUGUAUGUACACUUAGCUUUCAUGAGGACAAUCCGUGUUAAUCUUCUCCAUCCUUAACUAUCCUUGUUUCAUUAUGGUUUAUUAUUGC